UCUAGAGAGCUGCUGAUGGAGGGCAGGGGCGGCCACGGAGGUAUAUGGGACAGGUUGCUCAUCAACUCCAAGCGUAAUUCCAGAAAGAAUUCCACUCUUCAAACAGUUCGGAUAGAGAGGAGUCCCCUAUUGGACCAGGUACAGAGCUUUCUCCCACAGAUGGCUCAGGCAAACAAAAAGCUAAGGAAAGGAAUAUCAACUGCACCACCUGGUCAUUUCAAUAUUGAAAAUAUUGACACUCUCGGAAAAGUUAUGCAAAUGUAUAUGAUCUUGUUUGAGAUGAAUCAGUCUGAUUCAAAAGAAGAUGACAGUUCACAAGAGAAUUCACAAGACAGUUCAGAGGACAGUUCAGAAUUUGAGGAUGAAGAUGAUAGCACCUCUUCUGAAGGUGAAGUCACCAUCGAUACAAUUAAGCUUCCUCAUUCAAAAGAUGGAAAAGGCAAAAUAGAGGUUCUGGACCGUCCUGCCAGUGAAAAAAAGAAAACAGGGACAUAAACAAUCUGAGAAACAGGUGAUAGUUCCCGCUAAUUCUGUGGAAAAGAAUGUGGCUUGCUGGUUAUUUUGCAUUUCGGAUACCUAUGGUGUUUGUUUGCAAAAAUGAAUGUAUUUUGCUUCUUGGAGAAACAGAAGCUAGCUUUUAAAGAGUUGGAAGAGAUAGCAUUUGGGGACUCUUCUAAGAGCAGACUGUUUUUGAUCUCAUGCUAAAGAGGUUUAGUUUAGAAAGCUUAACUUUAUGUAUGGUGAUGAGUGAAUUUGUUGGCAUCCUCUUUCAUCAGCAUAGACUUCAGAAAUCUCAAACUUAUUUUAAAGUAAAAAUACAA